CUGCAGAGUAUUCCAUAUAUCGCAGAACUGCAGGUGGCCCUCCUUCCAAUCUUAGAGUUUACCUCUCACAGCUAGAAAGUCUCUUGGAUUAGAAGACCUGCACUUGGAUUUGACAAACCCUUGGGAAGAGACUGAGCAGUUCCAGCUACAAGAUGAUGCUGGACUCAGUAAGCCACAAUACUUUCCUGCCAAAUCCGAUGCUAUGUGAAUCCCUGACUUCUUGGUCAGAACUAUUUGGACCCACUGAGGAAAACUAUCUCUCAUUUGAUCACCAAACAGGCUGCAAUUCUUCCUGGACAUCCAUCCACCCAGAGUACUGGACAAGGCACAAUGUCUGUGAAUGGCUGCAGUUCUGCUGUGAUCAAUACAAACUGGAUGCCAACUGCGUUUCCUUUUCCCACUUUAACAUAAAUGGCCAGCAGCUAUGCAGUAUGACUCAAGAGGAGUUUUUAAACGCAGCGGGCAUUUGUGGCGAAUAUCUGUAUUUUAUCCUACAGAACAUCAAAUCUCAUGGUGUCUCCUUCUUUCAUGAUAACGAAGAAACAAAGUCAUCUGACAAACUUUAUGAUGAUAAGGCAUGUUUGAGAACAGGUGUUUUCAAGAGUCAAGAAUUUCAGAAUCACAGUAGAACAAGCCUACAGAGCUCUCACUUAUGGGAAUUUGUAAGAGACCUCCUCCUGUCUCCUGAGGAGAACUGUGGCAUCCUUGAAUGGGAAGACAGGGGCAAAGGCAUCUUUCGAGUCGUUAAAUCAGAUGCUCUGGCAAAGAUGUGGGGACAGAGAAAGAAAAAUGAUAGAAUGACAUAUGAAAAACUAAGCAGAGCACUUAGGUACUAUUAUAAAACCGGAAUUUUGGAACGAGUGGACAGGAGGUUAGUGUACAAAUUUGGAAAGAAUGCACACGGCUGGCAAGAGAGCAAGUUGUGAAAGACCUGUUUCAGACUGACUAUCUCAUAAGCAACGUGAAGUCUUCAUAGUAAAGGACGUUCACUGCAGCUCUUCCACAGAAUAAGAUGAGGCCACCUGUUCUGAACAACAGGUUAAAGUAACAAUGAUGGACUUCCUGAACUGGGAGGGUUCACUCACAUCCAUGGUUUUGGACUAGCAUCAUCACCUGCAUAGCACUUAAGAAAAUAAUUCCUCUAACCCACUCCAUAGACUUUUUCAAGUUUUGUAUUAUAUCUGUAGCAGUCCUCUCAAUGGCAAGAAGUGACAGUUUUCCAUUUGGAAAAGCAAGUUCUUGAUCACCAGAGCCAUGCACAUUGCGCCCUUUGGAAUGAAUGUAUAUCACCUGUGUUAUAUUGCAGGUAUAUCACAGCAUUGUCCUGCAGACAAUACUGGAAGGAUCAUGGAGUAUCUUUAGUGUCCUUUGUCACAUUUCCAAAUGUUUGCUUAUCUCCUCUAUCAUGGCAGAUUUAAAAUUGUUUCACACUUUGUGUAGCAACUG